AUGGUACACUUGGAUAGAAAAUGGGCGAUUCGUCAGUCUAUCGGCGAAGCAAAAAGUGUUAUUCGUAUCACUAAUCUCCAGACAAGUAUUGCAAGGGUUUGUGAUGCCUGGGGUCGUCGCAAAAACCCUCAGCCUGUUCUCAUUAACUGUUCGAUCUACCUGGGAAAAUCCUUUCGCAAUACUUCUGCUAGUGAUACUCUGACCGAUUCGACAGUUAACUAUGGAAUUCUCAGUAAAAGUAUUCUCGAGGCAUGUCAAGAGUUCUCUAACUCUUCUGGGGAUAAUCCAGUGGAGUUGAGUCACAUUUUACACUACCUACAGCAAUGGUUAACUGGAAUACAAUCAUCUGAUAAGAUUAGAAGUUCUGUACGGCGUAUCCCACUACUCCAAUCUACGGAACUAGAUCUACUCGAACUUGAUAUUAUCCUUCCAAAGGGAUCAUUACAUGGCAACGGAGUACAAAUGUCCGCUUCCUUUCGAUAUCGUGACAGAAAACAUAUUUUAAAACACUCAAUGACACUUAAAAUAUUCCACCUUAGAACUUUCACAGUUAUCGGUGUGAACGAUAAUGAGAGGUUGGCAAGACAGGAGGUGAUCGCAACCCUGGAGAUUGAUUCCUUUGAUGAGGAAUUUGAAGAAGACUUCUGUGCGGUAGAACAACUCACUGUAAUGACGAUUGAAGAGUCAUCUUUCCAGACUCUUGAAGCUCUUACGGACCAAAUCGGUCGUAGAGUGGCGGAAUAUUUUUUAUAUCCGCUGAUUCAGAAGACACCAGAACUACGAGACUUAGAUUGUGGUUGGCCAACAAUCAAGAUCCAACUGUCAAAGCCCACAGCUGUAGUAUUUGCAGAAGCUCCAACAGUAGAGACGUUGAUUGACUCGAAACAGUAUGUUAGGGACUCUAAAAUUUCAGUCCAAAGUGCGCACCAUAAGCCGCCCUUCCCCAUAUCAGGGAGGCUAGAAGACUGGAUUAAAAAAAUAGAGAAAGGAGCGGAAAAUUAA